AUGCCGAACCGGGACCGCCCCGAGAGCGUCCAGAUCUUUGGCAAGACUCUCUUUAACCGACGAGGCAGGCUAAGGCGUGAGAGCAGUUCUCAGAAUCUGUACUCGGCCGAAUCGGGCAGUGAAGCCAAUCUGCCGCUCGCUCCCACCUCACAGCCUGCCCCAACUUCAGCCCCUUCGAGGGACUCGUCCAUCCCGGCCUUCUUCAGCCGCCGCCGGACCAUCAAGGCUGAAAACGCCGAAGACUCUGUAGGCCAGAGGAAGAUCCAGAUCUCUGGGCCGUACAACUUCCAGCACGUGGCCCAUACCAAGAAGGGCAGCAAUGUCGACGACCUGCACUUUUCCGACUUCUCGUCCGACUCUCUUCCCCUUGCUGAUGUCGAUCUGCCACCCUCGCAGCGCCCUCCUUCGAUGUCCGCCAAGCAGACGUCACCUCGCCGCCUCAUCAAGCACGCCAAGUCGCAGGACUCGAUGAGCAUUGCGCCUCCACGCCCACCUAGGUCCCCGAUUGAGGAGUCCAUUCCAGUCCCCCCUGUCCCCGGCAUCCCACCCCGAGUUUCUAGCCGUAUUUCGACAACUGCUGAUGGCCUCGACCCAUCAAUCUUGGGCCGGCCGCAGACAAGUACUGGGCACCGUCAGGCUCCGUCACUUAGUCUCGACGCAGAUGGCCCCACUCCCCCGAUGACAUCUCAUGGACACGCUCGCAUGGUGAGCGUGCCUGACAACGACGUCAACUGGCCGUUGCCCGCCCCGGCGAAUCCCGCGUUUGAUGCUGCCCCGCUACCAAACGUGCCCGAAGAGGAGGAGGCCGCUUCCAUCAUGAAGCCAUCUCGUGCCAGCGUCAUCAGCAACUCUUCGCUCCGCGCCAGCCAGUCGGUCCCUAUGCUCCGGGCUUUCUCCCCACGACGGUCUGACUAUGACCACCACAGCCGCGAACCCAGCGACACUCUCGGGCCCUGCAAUCUACGGGAGGCCCAGCGAGCCCUGGUGUCCGCCCUCGACGACAUCCUCGGAUGCCAAUCGCUUACGCGAGAAAGCUGGGAGGACGACAUCGACUACUGCUACGAGCACGCCGCCGAAGCCGACUGCGACUACGAGUGGGAUCGUCCAUCGCUGGACAUCAGCCGGGACUGCGGCAGCACCACGCCCGUGGAGCACCACUACCACCGCAAGAAGCUAUCCUGCAACCCAUCCAUGCUCGCCCCGGCCCAGCUGGACAUCCCCUCCCUAAGCCCAGUCAGCCUCAACUCGGCCAUCACCACUCCCCACGAAGCCAUCACGCCCACAGGAAUGACGGCCGCCCUCCCUCCUUACUUGACCCAUAGUGGCCACAGCCACAAAACCUCCAACUUCUCUCUACCCCGGAUCGAAGCUCCCAUGAGGUCCCCCUCGGACCUUCUCAAAACCCCCGAACUCCACGCCCGCAAGCCCUCGGAUGCCUCCAGCUUCAAGGAAUCACACGGCUUCACUUUGUCUCCCUCCCUCUUGAUCCCCACCGAUUUCCAGCGUCAAAUGCGGCUAGACUCGCUCGACGAAGGCUCGGGGGCCGCCGACGACGGGGGCUGCGAAUACCCCUUCGCCGCCCACGCCUUCUGCGAGCCCGGCAUUUCCUCCCUGAAAUACAACCCGCACCGCGCCUCCGCUUCGACAACGGCCACGAUGGAAAGCAUCAACUCGGGAAGACACGUGUCGACGGCCUCCAUAUCUACCGAUUUCACCCGCCUGACGCUCAGCACAAACUCCCUGGUGGACAUGGACGGCGGCUGCAAUUUCGAAUCACCGGUAUGCGAAUUUGGUGGUUCGAGCGGAAACAACAACAAUAACCACGUCCGAUCCGAAAGCGUCAGCGCCAAGGGCGCCGGUGUUCCGACGAGCAGCAUGCCUCCGGUGCCCGAGUUCGAGGAGAUUUCCGACGAGUCGCUUCGGAGGGGCGAGAGUUUUCCUAACCUUGUUGGAUUGGGGCAACAGGCGCAGGCGCAGCAGGAUGGUGCUGGUGGUGAGGUACCGGUAGCCGGCGCAAAGAGGAAGGAUUCAAUGCUCAGUGGGCUGCAGAGGCCAGGCCGAGGUCGCGCGAGGACGACCAGCUUGAGCACCCCGCCGCCUCUGAAUCAGUUCUCGCUGUUUCCUAAUGUUCGGUUGACGGGACCUCAGAUUUAG